AUGGAGCUACUGAAACAUAUACAAAGGUAUUUUGUAGGUGAAGCCAAGUUGUCAGGGAAGUUCGAUAUUAUCAGAAUUGACCUGUGUGCAUCAGAACAAUACAAGUCUAUGGUCCUUGCAGGACAACGCCCAGAAGUUGUUUUAGAAAUUGCAUCCAGAGCAAUAGCCUUCUGGACAUACCAGACACAUCAAGAAAAGAUGUAUCAAGAGCACAUCGGCUGCAAGGCGAAGGAGAGGAGUCAGCAGUUGGAACAAUAUUAUGGGCAACUACUCACGAAAGUGCAAGCUGAACACAACACAUUGACAUCCCAACUGAAAGCUAGUAAAACGGAGGUAGAACAGCUUAAGACUCGAUACAAUGAAGUCCAGGAGAAAAUGAUGGAGAGAAACAGACAAUACCAGAAACUGCAGACUAUGUAUGAAGCACUUCGAAGGAAAUGCAUCACACCUCAUUCCUUUGACCAGUCCGAGGGUCAGUUAACCCACAGUAACACUCCACGCCAACAGUUUGGCAUGCCACUAACAUCUAUUAAAGAUGUGAUGCGUGCUCCCACCAGUGCUGCUCAGCUGUCUCCAUACGGCCUCGUAUCUCCGUCACUGCCCCAGCAUAGGAAUCCUCAGCACAUAAUUACUCCUAAUGUACCUUCUCCAUACGGAGUGUCUCCACGUACAGCACAACGAGAAUACCUUGCCAUGUCAGUCUCACCAAUGUCCAUAGGGGACCACGCUCGAGCAGGAAUCUCUAGUGCCCAGCGUACGAUGCACCCAAGCAGGUUCAUUAUCUCCCCUCCCACUGACAGGAGGUAGAAUUCCAGUCACCGUUCUAGAAUUUAAUUCAAUUUAUUUCAAUUCAAUCACUUUAUUUACAUUUAUGGCAAUUACAUUUUGAAUGUAUCAUAUUCAUAUUGGUUAAGCAAAUUAGUUGACAAAGCUGAUAAAUUUAAAGAAAUGAAACUACAUAAAUAGAAGUGAUGGAGUGAGAAAUUACAAUUCAGUUUUCCAGUAGAUUACAAAAUAACCCAAUGAUGAGAAAAUGACAUGAUAAUAAAUAAUAUAUAAUAAGUGAAACCCGAGUAAGUAACUUUUCCUUGGUUUACUUGACAAUAUAUAACAAUUAUAGUAACCAUGACAUAUUUUAAUUAAAUACUGCGAACACAACAAAAGAUUGAACAUUUUGCACACACACACAAAGAGAUGGAGAGAUACACGCGCAC